AUGAGAUCAUUAGAAACGCAGAGCACCAGAAGAUGUUUGAUGCAGAGCAACGUGUUGCCACCACGCCAGGUGAUCAACAGACAAACAUCCACAAGGCCAACAAGAAGAUCAAGAAGAUGGUGCCAAAGGAUAUUGAGAAGUUUGAUUAAGUCCACAGACUUACACCCUACCAUCAGUCAAUCAAUCAAACAAGUCAAGAUACCAUUCGAUAUCAAUCCCAUCUAUUUAACAACGUUGAAGAAAAGAAGAAAAGAACAAGUGAGACAAAAGAAGAACAAGAAGAAUGAGGAGGAGAAGUAG